AUGACUAUUACCUUUAAUGUGCAGUCUGCCCUGGAUUGUGUGAAAAAAAUAUUUGGAGAUAGCGUUAGUAACAACAUAACUGCGGACUCUAUCAGGUCGUACAUCCGGCGAAACACCGAUAUUGGCUGUACUGGCAAAUUGCAGGUGAAAUUUCAAGGCGCCCUGAAGAAGAACCAACAACUAUGUGCUUGCCAUAUCAAAAGAGAAUGGUUUGAUAAAGAUACGUUGAUCAAACUGGAUAACAGUAAGGGGAUUUAUUAGUUGAAAUAUAAAGAUGAGUUUUAUACUGUUUUGUGUCACCCAUGCAUUGGCUACUUGGUUGUUGCCCUUGGCUCUUGAUAGUAUAAUAUUCACUCUUGAUUGCAUCAUUAUUGUUAUUGCUUCAUUUGUAGAGCUUGGAAGUAGAUGCAAGACAAAACAGAGAACCAUAGGUGAUUGCAACAUUAGUAUUAAUAUAAGCAUCUUGCUGCAUGCUGUUUAAUCAAACAUUUGACUGGUAUUUUGUUUUUGCAUGUCCUUAUCUGAGUGGAUGUCGAUCGGAGAGACAGUGGGUCUGAGCAAGUAGAUCAGUGCCUGCUUAAUUGUAUAUUAGCAUUGUAUUGUUUAAUUUGCAUGUAUUGAUUUUGUGUCAAUUCAAUUUUUCAAAGCAGAGGAUUCACUUGGUUCGAAGAGCGCCUUGGAUGUGACAGUGCACCUCAAUGAUGCUGGGCAGGAUCCAUUACCAUUGGCCCCAAAGAGGAAAGGUACGUCAUUCUAUGGCCAUGCCACUUUGAUUGAGUAAUUUGUCAAUUAUUUUUCUCAGUAUGUCUUAAUGUCACGUCCAAUUGAUUUUCUUCCUACUAGUGAAUCUAACAUGUCAAUGUAAUCAGAAACUAUUACAGAUGCGUUUAUUGUAUCUGUAUUCCUAUGCAAUAAAUCAAGUACUUAGUGCAAUUAAGGACAAUCUUGAGGACAUUACUAGAUGGAGGCUGCCCCCCUCCCCCCCCCACUGCCUAGCUCUGCCCUGUAAUUACUCAUUCAGCCAAGCUGUAUUUCUUUGUAGUGAGUGCACAGAAUAUAAUUUCAUUAUGCGACAUUUCAUUCAAACAUAGACUUUUUUGUUUUCCAGUAGAGACUUCUUCUAUGACAGGCUCAGCAAUAGUGAUCGACCCGGUACAACCCGAACGAGAUGAGAAGGAUAAAGGCACGUCUUUUACAAUCAUUUUAGUUUCUACUUCGUAA